AUGUUCUCUGGACUCCUGACCAUCCUGGCCGCCGUCUGCAGGACACCUGUCCAGGUCUUCCACAUUCUUCCUCACUGGGGACCCUGGACAGGACCGAAAGUUGCAGACCGGCUGGCGUUCGGUGACACAACCGGUGAAAGACGGGAGAACCCUGGCUUUCCUGUGACUACUGGAACACGCGUUGUCUACUUAGUGCCAGCUGCCCUGACGCUGCUUGUCAGCAUUAACCCUGCAAUAACAGAUAAUGGUUUUUGGAGGAGCCUCUGUGACCUUCAUUCUGCUGGUUGUAUUGUUGGGACCAUUGCCUUGGCUUGCUCUUUGUUUGCGUACGCUCAAGGAAACAUUUUGCACCAAGAGGAAGGCAGAGAGUUGUUUGGUCUGGUGAUUAUUAUAAUAUGGAUGAGUCUUUGCCGCAGUUCAGCAAAGAGUCCACUGCGUGGAGUUCGCUUGAUCGCUGCAGUCGUGGUCGCCCUCUUCCCCUUUGUUUCGUGGCUGUACAUUUACGUGAACAAAGAGAUGCGAGCAUCUUGGCCAACGCACUGUAAAACAGUGAUUUAAUUGGGUGGGAGAAAGUAUAAAAUAAAUAUUCUGACCUUA